AUGUCACAUCCGCUGGAAAAUGACGAACUCUUUGACCAGCUAUACCCCAGUCGAGUGGCUCGAUGGCGAGUUCAAGAAGACGACACUAAUGUUGGCAUCCCACGUCCAACGGAUGACCUCAUCUGCGACGAAUGCGAAAAACGGCAUGCGGUGUAUAGGUGCCUCGACUGUCGGCAGACUUUGUGCCACAACUGCACCAACGCCAUGCAUAUCAUCCCAGCCUAUGCCGAGCACACGAUCCGCCACCUGCAGGAAGGAGACGUGGGCUUUGUCCCUUUAACCCGCACGGCGCCACCAUUCCAACUCACGGCCCCACCGGCUCUGGCAUCCUUGCACAUUCAUCCAUUUCAAUGGAGCGACGUCGUGACCUUUCGAGAUCCGGUCGUCGCCCCCGGGUUACUGUUCGGGAUAGUCCUAGAGACGGACCAACCUCGACGGGGGGACCACAACAACCAGCUCGUACGCGUCCUCUGGAUCCGGGGCGUCCUGCCUCUGCCCAACGCCACGUACCAAGCCGUGCUCACGCUUCCCCACGUCUGGCCCGUCCCCAUCCAGAGCUACGUGAGCCUUUACCACGCCUAUCGUGCGGCCGUGGUGGCCGAGCACCGCACGCGCAAGCUGUGGCGGCGUGAAAAGUAUGCCGGCCGAUUGCGCGACUUGCGCCAGCUUGUGCAAUUCCCCAGCGAACCAUUGCUGCGGGAAAUACUGGACGACAUCCACGCCAACUUGGACAGCGUCAUGGAUGUACACAUGGCGCUCGAUGGAUUCUUGUCCCAAGUGAGUCAUCCGCCGUUGUGUGUCGAGGGCGAUUCAGACGCGCCUUCGGAGGACGACUCGGACGCGCCGUACCCGCCAGCGCAGCGUGUGCGGGUGCUGCUGCUUCCGGCAGAGUCCCUUGAACCCCCCGACUCGUGCCGGCGGCGGCAUCUGCGCCACGUGGUUGGGCACAUGGUGGAUUUGUACAUUGGCUACGGGUGGAAAGCGCUCGUAUGCAACAUGUCCGAGGGCCGACGACGGGAGCGGGAGGCGUUGGAAGCCGCAAGCGCGACGCACAUUCAAGCAUGGUACCGGCACAUGUGGCGACUUCAACUUCAGAAACGCAUGGCAGACGGACGAACGAGUGGCAUGGAUGCGAUGGAAGUGCUUCGUCGAGCUCAAUGCCGACGGGAUGCAGUCCGUAACAUAGGCAUCAUCUGGGCCAAGACGACGCGUCGCCUGCAGCGCCGUGGACUGCGACGGUGGAACUCAGUGGUGGAUGCUUUGCAUGAACCCCUUCCUCCUCGGGAAGCCCCGUGGCAUCCCGCAUGGGGCGUGCGCCUUCUCAAAUUGCCCCGGGCAUACGCGCACAUGAAACCCGACGGCAGUUUGGCGGUCGACGACAUUACAAAGUACAAGCAGUUUCGACUAAACCACAGCGGCCCCACGGCCUCGUCGUAUUGGAUUGUCCGAGGUAUUAUUACGUGUUGCCAAGACCACAACCAACACACAAAUGUCGACGCUUGGUUACUAGAUCGCAUCUUGCUGGGGACGUACCCCAGUGGUCAAGCAUUUCCGGACAAGCGAGGCCAGCAACGGGUCGCCGCGCGGUCAGACGCGAUCACGUGCAUGUUGCUGGAGCAGCUUGGCACGUUUGUGUGCCUUCUCGAAGAGGCCGAAGUGCGGGCGAUGGAGGCGUCGCUCCCGUCAGACGAAUUACCACGACUUGAUGACCCAUCGAUCAUGUGGAAAGUGUCCCCCACUCUGCCCCCGUUCGCCUUUACCGCGAUGCUCCACCUUCGCCACGCCAAACUUCGUGCAGAGCUCGAACAUGCGGUGGUCGCCGCGGAAAAGUACGUGGUUAUGGCGACAAAAACCCUCGAGCAGGUGCAGCAGCGGGGGCCAGAAGUGGAGGACUUUGUCAUGGACUUGAGUGUGAAGAAGAAGGCGCUGGCAGAAAACAACCUCACGCAGGCCAGGGCCAACCUCAAGCAGCUCCAGCCACUGCACAUUUUACACAUUCCAAUUGCACGCAACCAAACGCCGACCGAACACGACCUAAGACGCCACUUGCAGCACCUCGAAGGACGGUUGAGAGACGGCCAAAACUUGUACCUGUUCAGUCGAGACGGGCGCGGGCGGACUGGAUUGUUCGGCGCGCUCCUCCUUGGCCGACUCUACGGCCUCAGCCCAAUCCAGGCGCUCGAGCGGCAGCAGCGAUGUCACGACUGCCAGCGGGCGGUCGCAGGCGUCCCAUCGACCCGUUUGGUGUCGUCGCCCGAAGCGCAGACGCAGAUCCACAUGGUCCACCAGUUUCUUCGGUCCAUGUCCGAUACGAUCUACGCCAACGUGGUGACCACCGCCGACGAAGACGCGUACCGCGUCGUGCGUGCCCAGCGCCGCGGCCUCGGGGUCCAAAGCUACGCCGCCACCAUGGGAUACAUGGUGGACGCGUUUCCAACGGCAGACGCGAUGGCGACGGAACACGCCGCCAACGUCCGUGCGAAUCAUGCGGCCAAGAAAGAGAUCCGCGCCAUGCAACUUCGGUGGCGACGACGGCAACAGGUCCAGGAAGCGUCGGCGAUGGCGGCGGUCGACACUGACGCCAUCGCUAGACCACCCCUAAUCCACCACUCGUCUGAAUCGAACGAGGAUGAUGAGCGCAUGCAUGAUCAUGAUGAAGAAGGUGUUGUUAUGAGGGUGCUAAACGAGAUGGUCCAGUGGUUGGAUGAUGAUAGCAUUGCCAACGACCUCAAGACCAGUUGACAGUCGACGGCGUUCUUUUUCUGUCGGUCUCAGAUGCCACUGGCGGACACUUCACCUGCAGCCGCGUUUAGCGCUGACGUGGCUGUCGUGUUCAAUGUAUAAAAAGAUAUUUCCGUGUCCAGUGUACAAAAAUAUAUAUUU